AUGCCUCCGUGGGUCAACCCGUGGCUGCUCCUGGCCAUGUCGGUGUCAUUCGGGCUGCACUUCCUCAUCCUCUACGUGCCGUUCCUCGUGCAGGUGUUUGGCAUCGUGCCACUCAGCCUUAAAGAGUGGCUCCUGGUGCUCCUUGUCGCGCUCCCGGUCAGGGCACGAGGAUCUAUCUCGCAGGCACCGGAAGGCGGCCAGAAGGAGGCAAGCGGCAGCCUCACCGCUGACACACUCGCCGCUGACGCCGGCGGCGACGACCAGAUCCUGGCCGUCCCCUCCCCUUCCCGUCAGAUCCGUCCAGGAAUUGAACCAUGUCACUCGGAAAUCAGAGAGCAGGCAACAAUAGUUUUAGAUUUUAGUGAUUCUGGUAGGCGCAGCUGA